AUGGCAACGAUAAAGUUUGGACAAGCGACAAACACAAUUUUUAAUGUUAGUCGGAACAAAUAUGGAGAAAAGCGAGCUUAUGUUCAUCCACAUGGUUAUGCUUCUGCAGCUAGCGGGUGGUCUCCUACUGGCUACCUUCACCCCAGUGGCAGUUUAAACAAGAUCGAAGAGGAAAAACGCAUCGAGGAAUUCCAAAGAACGAAACUCCGCGAUUUCACGAUACGGGAGCUUGUCGAUUUUGAUAUAGUUAGUGGUAGAAUUCUGGAAGAAGCAGAUCUUGAAUCAAUUCCAAUUCAUCCUAUAUUCUCACAAAAUAUGUGGGAGAAACUUGGGCAGAGACAACGAGAAUGGCCUCUACAAACGCCCGAAUUGAUGGAAGGUGGUCAUUACAUCAUGGAUAACCCUUAUAUAUUGAAGGAAAUGAAGCCAGUUCUCACAUUAGCAAGUGCAUUUCUUUCUGAAAUGCAUACUUUACCAUUUUUAGAUGCAAUGCUCUUAGGGCCUCGAAAACCGGUGAAUUCGUGGAAAUCAAAAAUUCCGCUUCCGGACGGUCUUUAUACAUUCUGGCGCAGAGAUCAAGAAGCUAGGACGGCAAAUGGUUCUGAAGAAUGCGAGAAGGCUUUUACUAAACGUUUAAAAGCGCUACACAAAAAAAUAAUAUGGGGGUUUGCCCAUGGCAACCGUAUGCCAUGGGACGACGCUCCUAUAAAGACAAAUUGUCUUGGUAUCACUCACAUGGGAUGGGAUAGUGCUGACAGAGAAGUCAUUUGGAUUUAUUUGGACAUCAAGAUCUGUGAUUUACUAUUGAGGAAUGACUUGACCUCUGCAGAGAAAGCUGGUGCCCAAUAUUACUUAGCAAUUACUAUGAUUCAUGAACUAACGCAUGCAAUUGGUUUCGACUUUCGUGACGAUCCCAACAUCAGGCUUUGCGAUGGGUACGAGCCAUAUUUCGAGAAUUCACCUCAGUGCGAACUGGGAUUUGAAAUGGAAAACAGUGUUUUUGGUGGUAUCAUCGAACCAGUCUUCAAAGCACCUGCAGCUCCGCUUGCAUAUAGGAUGGCAUCCAGUUAUCCCUGUUGGUGUCAUGUGAGCUUGCGGAAUAUGGAAACAAUGGUUCUGGAGCUGGCUGAGGAAUAUAAUAAUGUGCUAUAUACUUACUUUAUCCCGAUUCAAACCUACGAGGAUUUGAGAAAAUUGAGCUUUUGGGAUACUGUUAUUCGGCGGUUUGGCUUCUCGGCAAUUCAUGCUCGGUCAAUAAGAUAUGGGUGGGGAGCGUUGUAUUUAUCUGACUGGAGUGGCCAAGACGAAUACGGUGUUCCCGAAUCGGCGUUGAUGAAAUCAUCUAGAUUUACGUUCCACGAAGGGAGACAAAAAGCUAAGAUUAAAGAAUUAGCCGAAUUGGUCGAAUUGUACCAGGCAAAACAACUUUCACCGUCAAGAAAGACAGCCUUCAAAGUUUUAGAUGAUAUAAUGACAAGUGCAUCAAAAGAAGAACAGUUCUAUGACUUCACUCAGAAGCAAGAAGACAAGCUCUCCGCAAUACGUGAAGCUUGCAUCGAGCUGCAAAAACCAUCAAAUGCUGCUGAUGCAGGACAACGUGGUGAAGUAGCUUUACUGCUUAUCCCAAAGCUCGAGCAAGCAAUAGUAGCCCACAAAGAAGCUUUCGUACUCCUAGAAACCUCGGAAGCGUUAAGGCAUGGAAAAUUUCGAGAUCGUCGCGCCACGCUUUUUCGUUGGAAUGUCGGUACUCGUAAAUUGCUCAAUGAUAUACUUACCGGAGUGGACGAAGCACCAAAUAAAGAUGAGAAUCUCAUCGCAACUCUUGAACAACUCGCCCAGUUCCUUGUCCAGCUCGAAGAUGUACGGUUGAAAAUCUUCCCCCCAUUACCUACUUGGACAAUCGGACACGAAUUUAAGCCCGAGGGAAUCGAAGAAUUGAAACAAUGGCCUGAGAAUCUCUUCUCAGGAGAACUUGCAGAAUUGGAUUUCAUGUAUCAUCUCUACACUGCAGCGUUGGAACCUAAUUUGAGUAGAUGCCGUGCUUUGGCAGCAAAUAGGAUGAUGAAAAAUCAGGGUUCGUCGUCGAUAUCCUUUUAUUGUCGCUUUGUGUGCAUGACUCUGGCGGUGGUGUGUAGUGAUGACUGGAUGGAGAAGGACUGGGAAGAGAGGAAUAUAGUGGUGGAAGAGAAGUUGCAGUGGUUGAAAACUAUGAGGGAGGGGUGUACGGUGUUGUGGGGGAGUACUUUUGAGGGGUGGAUACAGUGGUUUGAGGGGAGGAGGAUGAAGAGGGAGGAUGAAAAGGCGGCUGAGGAGGCGGCGAGGACCUUGGAGUAG